UCCCCCUGCUGUCUCCCGCUGUUGCGUCUACGCGCCCUGGUGACUGGAGCAAAGGAGAGGGCACACUGCGAGGAUCUGAGUCACAAUCCGGACAAACACAAAACAAAAAAACACCAAAUGAAGAAGAGAAACUCUGACUACUCCUCUCUCUCUCUCUCUCCCUCCCUCUCUCGCUCUCUCUCCCUCCCUCUCUCUCUCUCUCUCUCUCUCUCUCUCCCUCUCUCUCUCAGUGUGUGUUCGUCAGAUGAGUCUGAGAUCUCCUCUGCUUGUGCUCCAGGGGACCUGUCACUGAAGUCAGGAGGCGCUUUGGAGAAAUCACACAAGAGGAGAGGACGAAGGACGAGAUCAUGAUGAGAAAGUGACCAAGCUUUGUAACCGGUGGCAGAAGAAGCUGAGACGUCCUCGUGACCUCAAGUCCCAUCACCCUGCAGGGCCCAAAUCUGAUUGGAUGGUUUUGUCAGAAUGACAGCCGAAGAUCCAGCUUCCUCCUCGACCAUGAGCAAUAACGCUGCCCCCACUAAACCUUCCCAACCUGCUGGUGCCGCCCACCAGUCUCAUCAUGGACAGAUCAACACCCCGGAGGGAGUUGCGGGUUCUCCCAAUGAGCCGGCACUGGUAUCCCUGAUGGAGCGCACUGGCUACAGUAUGGUCCAGGAAAACGGCCAGCGUAAAUACGGUCCCCCUCCUGGUUGGAAUGCUACAUCUCCUCCAAGGGGAUGUGAGAUCUUUGUGGGCAAGAUCCCACGGGACGUUUACGAGGAUGAGCUGGUGCCAGUGUUUGAGUCUGUGGGACGCAUCUAUGAGAUGCGGCUGAUGAUGGACUUUGAUGGGAAGAACAGAGGGUACGCAUUUGUGAUGUACACAGAGAAACAUGAGGCUAAGCGGGCGGUACGCGAGCUCAACAACUAUGAGGUGAGGCCUGGCCGACUCCUGGGGGUGUGCUCCUCCGUGGACAACUGCCGUCUUUUCAUUGGUGGCAUCCCCAAGACCAAAAAGCGGGAGGAGAUCCUGGACGAGGUCUCCAAGGUGACAGAAGGGGUACUAGAUGUGAUUGUUUAUGCCAGUGCUGCAGACAAGAUGAAAAACAGAGGCUUUGCCUUCGUAGAGUAUGAAUCGCACCGCGCAGCCGCUAUGGCUCGCAGGAAGCUGAUGCCUGGACGUAUUCAGCUUUGGGGUCACCAGAUAGCCGUGGACUGGGCCGAGCCGGAGAUUGAUGUGGACGAAGAUGUUAUGGAGACAGUGAAGAUCCUCUACGUCAGGAAUCUUAUGAUGGAGACCAGCGAGGAGAUGAUCAGACAGGUCUUCAGCCAGUGGAAUCCUGGAUGUGUUGAACGUGUGAAGAAAAUCCGUGACUAUGCCUUCGUCCACUUUACCUCACGGGACGAUGCUGUCAUGGCAAUGGACCACCUCAACGGCACAGAGGUGGAAGGGUCCUGCAUCGAGGUGACACUCGCCAAGCCAGUUGAUAAGGAGCAGCACUCGCGCCAAAAGGCCUCCAAAGGAGCUCCUGCCACUCCAGAGCCUGCUCCACAGAACUACGUUUACCAGUGUGAUCCCUACACAUUGGCCUACUAUGGGUAUCCCUACAACACCCUCAUCGGACCCAACAGGGACUACUUCGUCAAAGGAUCCCCAAUGAUACAGAACAAUGCAGGUACUGUGCGAGGUCGGGGGCGUGCUGCUGCAGGUAACCGUACCCCUGGACCACGGGGGUCCUACUUGGGGGGUUACUCUGCUGGUCGUGGCAUCUACAGUCGCUACCACGAGGGCAAGGCCAAGCAGCCCGAAAAGCCCUAUGAGCUGAUGCCCACUCUGGAGCUUGCUGCCUCCGUCAACCCUGUUGGCCUCAAACAUGGCACAAUGGCGUUGCAGACGCUGGGUGGACAGUACCCGGUGUUCAGUGCGCCUCCUACAGCCAAGAUGAUGGAGGAGGGGAAGGUGCACACGGUGGAGCACCUCAUCAACCCCCUGGCUAUGCAACACGCUGACCACACCACGGCUACUGCUGCUGCCACCGUCCUGCCGUCGGUCUCCACCCCUCCACCCUUUCAGUCCUCCUUCUUCUGCUUUCCCCAGGGCCGUCCCAUCACUCCGGUCUAUGCCAUGGCCCACAACGUACAGCGUAUCCCAACGGCCGCCGGCCUGUACGGAGCCGGAUACGUGCCCAUAACAAACUACGCCGCCAACUCGGCGGCUCUGGCCGCCCUGCAGAAGAACGCGGCGGUGGCCGCGGCGGCGUACGGCGGGUACGCGGGCUACGCAAUGCCACAGGCCUUCCCCGCCGCCGCCUUCCAGCUGCCCAUCCACGACGUGUACCAGACGUAUUGAUGGAGGGGGGUUCAAACCUCGCGAUGCAAUUACAAAGUUACUCCGACUGAAACGCCACCGCCGUGUCUGUGCAGAAACGUCACUUGAACGUUGUUUCAUUGAAAUACGUAAAGCAAUGACCCACUCGCCCAUUAUAUCCUUGACCCAAGACAACAAUACGAUAGGCUUCCUUUAGGUGCAUCACUGUUUCGUAGCACACAUAGUUCACUGCCCCAGUAAAACCCGCCUUGCAUGUGGUGACCAUCAUCUCCCCACAAUAAUGACGACCACAUCUCGCUCUCCCUGUGCCUCUGACCCCUGUCAAAGUAUUGCUAUGGCAACAGAAACACUGAAGGUACUUUCAAGUAUUUAUACUGAGAAGAUACAUAUUUAAGGUUUUACUCUCUGUAGGUUUCUCUUAUUACCUGAGUAACGUUUGCUCUGUGAAGCAGGAAAGAGGCUUUCACACCAUUUAGAUUUUAAAAAAAAGGUGGGGAUAAAAAGAAAGACAUUUUGAAAGAAUUUCAAAUUCUAACAUUAUAACUACUGACAUGCAACGAUGCUGAAGACAGCUGCGUCUUAAUAUACUAAUGUUUUAAUUAAUACAAAGUAUUUUAGCCAAUUGUACCUAGGUGAUACUGUCCGUCCAUUCUAGUUAGAUUGUGUAAGCUUUGAACAAGCCUGUUUUGGUACUUUUUUGUGGUUUAUGUAGUUUUAUUGGUGUUUCCUCUUGGUUUUAAAUGAAGGUUUCUGAGUGUCGUGUUCAUUCGCUCAAGAUUAGUCAAGUGGGGGGGGGGGGGCUGUAGAAUAUUAUAGUAGAUUUCAUUAGGGAACAAAUGCGAGAGAACGAAAACUGGAGCGCUUUUUGUCGAGAGGAUUUUAUCCAUAAGCCUGACCGACGUGGCAUGGAGAUGUUUCCCUAUUCCCAGACUUUUAGGGGAUUGAACACGUAUUUACUUUUUAUCAUUUAAAAAUGCCUUUAUUAUUGUGUUGUUAUUUACUCUUGGAAGGUGAACAAAUAUGGACAGGACAGAGAGACUCUUUUUUUAGGUGGACCAUGACCAUUGAAAGCACUCCUACAUUUACCAAAGCCAACCAAAAAAGAAAGUAGGCUCCAGACACUCCAACACUGACAUAAGAACGAUUCCCUGUGCCUAAACACGCUGUACGUGCUACCUCGUGCUUUCACUGUGCCUUUUCAUGACGAUGGGGAGCUUUCUGCGGUUGCCACAAAGAGAGAUCUCCUUUUCUAGUUCCGACGAUUGGUGGCGUUGCUGUUUUUACGGGAGGUUUUCCAGGCUGCGCGGUCCAUCUCUUCUCUGUAUAUCUGGCCUCCAUGUUGUUUCCCAUCCGCCAAACUGUGCUUGACCGAGGUCUGCUUAGACAUAUUUAUAAAAGGCAACAGAUUGUAACAACAAGAUGAAGAAAUGUUUAAUAACAAGCACAAAUUUUCAUGUAAAUUGGGCCAGUUUGGCAUUUCUUGAUAACGUAUGUGUUACAUAUUGUCGAUGUUCGAUAGGCACUUUUUAAACCGUGCCUUGGUUUGAAAACCAGCGUGGUGUUGGACUGGGGCGAUACGUCGUGAUGCAUCAUGAUACGUCGCGAUAUGUCGCGAUACUCUCUGAUAUGCCCCGAUAUGUCGCGAUACGUCGCGAUAUGUCCCGAUACGUCGAGAUACGUCCUGAUAUGUCCCGAUACGUCGCGAUACGUCGCGAUACGUCGCGAUAUGUCCUGAUAUGUCACGAUAUGUCCCGAUACGUCGCGAUAUGUCGCGAUACGUCGCGAUACGUCGCGAUAUGUCGCGAUACGUCGCGAUACGUCGCAAUAUGUCCUGAUAUGUCACGAUAUGUCGUGAUACGUCGCGAUAUGUCGCGAUACGUCGCGACACAUCCCGAUACGUCCCGAUAUGUCCCGAUAUGUCGCGAUACGUCCCGAUAUUUCCCGAUAUGUCGCGAUAUGUCCUGAUAUGUCGCGAUAUGUCAGGAUACGUCCUGAUAUGUCCCGAUAUGUCGUGAUACAUCAUGAUACGUCGCAAUAUGUCCCGAUACGUCGCGCUCGAAUGGACAAGCAGCCUUGCAAAGUUUUGCUAAGAACCAACAACGGAUGCGAGCAGACUCCACAACAGCCAUCUUUUAAAAAGAGAAUGCAAAAACUUUUGUAUACUAGAUUGUAUUUGUCGACCACUUUAAUGGUAGUUGUUUUUAUUCUGUGUGUUCGAAGAGCGUAUUUUUUUGCUGGCCUUCCCACACGUCAACAGAUUUUUUACUUUAAAAAAACAAUAUCAUGCGUCUGACUUUGAGAAUUUCCUUCAUGACUAAGUUUUAUGUCCGAGUUGUUUAAUGAAAAGUAGAUUUUCAACAUCUAACAUCUCGUCGUUUUAAAAAAAAUCUCUCUCCUUUAAAACUGGAUUUUUGUGUAGAAAAACAGACUGCUGAUAACUGCUUUUAUUAUAUUCUUGUAUGAUGACAAUUAGUCAGGAUAUAUAUAUUUAAUAUAUAUGCAUUAUGUGUUUUGUCUAUGAAGUGCAAAGAAAAGGUAUAAUAUAUUCAGAAACAUAUUUCUUUUCUUUAUUUACACCUUGUUUCACAAUAAUAAAAAGUCAGAGUAACAAAAGUAGAGAAACAACUUUUUUUUUUGCCAAAGUGUCCAAUAGCUUUUAAACCAUUCAAGGUUAUAAUGUUUUCUUCAUUGUGUGUCUUAUUCUGUUUGCUAUUUUGUACUGCAUUUGGUGUUUGGGGUGGAAAAACAGAGGCCUUCUUGUUUAGCUAAAUCAUGAUUUAGUAGCCAUCCAAACUUGAUGUAUCUGCCUCCCAAUCACAUCGCCGGCUUUUCUUUUUAUUGCUUACAUUUGACCCAAAUGAUGGACUCCUGCUCCUUGUGUCAGCGGGUCGGACCUUUAUAUGCCUAGUUUAACGUAGAUGUUGCCAUUAAACACUUCCUAUCGUGUGCCUUAUUGCCAAGAUGUGCCCUUUGCUACGCAGACUGUUUUCUAUCUGAAUGUUUGUUGGAAAAAAAAAAGAAGAAAAAAAAAGCUUGUUCUGUAUUGUAUUUAUAGCGAUGAAGUAGAUAAAUAAAGCAUUUUCAAAAAGGA